UGUGUUGACUAUGUUACAUAAGCAUGUUGACUAUGUAAACGAUUUUUUUAGAUCAUGUGAAAAGUAAAAAUUUGAAAAACAAUGUAAUUAUAAGAAAGAUGACUGAUCGUCAACCAAACCCAAACUUUUUGGGUUAGGUUGGGUUGAUGAACCGAUAAGAUUCAUUUGCGUAGGUCCAUAUUUUCCCUCCUACCCCGAGUUGUGGAGACAAAGCCUUUGAAGUUGGGCUUGGUCCAAUUGUUUAUGAAAAUGGGUCAAGGAGUUUGGAAGUUAUCGAAGCCCAAUUCUGGAGUUCCAUGAACAAGAGGACGAACUGACAGUCUGGCACUUCCAACGUUCGAAAAUCUUCAAAUUUCAAGUGGCUUUGAUCUUCCUUUGCCCUUUCAAUCCCUUUUCAUCAACUAUUUCACUCCUUUCAAUCCCUUUUGUUCAGAUGGAGAAUCCUGAUCAACUAAUUUCAUCACCAACUACAACCAAUCCUUCCAUGUCCUCCAAAUCCGAUGAAAGCGAUAAAAAUUAUCCUCCAUCCGUGGCCAAUUUGAAUUGGAGAAAGCAAGGGGAAACCAAAAAGUUGGAUGCAAAGAACAUUUUGACUGAUCGAAAUGGGGCAAUCGAUCCCAAAUUUACUGAUAAUUCGUUGUCGGAGAUCCCCAACGUCGAUCUGGAUUCUGCAUUUCAGGCAUCACUGCCCUAUGAUCCAUUGACAAAUUACCUCUCUCCUCGUCCUAGAUUUCUCCGAUACGAACCAAAUAAACGGCGGGAGAUCUUUUUGAAAACUUUUGGCGAGGGUUCUCUGUCGGUUUCUCACACUUCAUCUUCUGAAGAAGAAGAAACCAAUAUUAAAGAGGUGGAGGAACAGCUUGAGGUGGAAAGUGAGGGGAAAUCUAAUGAAAUUGAUGAUGAAGGUGAAGGAUAUGAGGAGGAGGUGAAUAGAGGUUGGAAGUUGUUGAAGUUUCUGGUGCUAGUUGUGAGUUUGAUUUCGUUUACCUUCUAUAUCAGUUCGAUGAACUCGUCUUCACCUUCAUUUGAAAUUUCAGGAGCCUUCGGGUCUGGUUCUAUACCGAUUUUGAAUCAUUCAAUCGAGUUUUUGUCGAGCCCAGUGGUGGAAUCUGUUUAUGGGAAUGGAAGGAAUUUUUGGGGUGAAGAAGUUACUGAGUCUGAGUCAAUGAGGAAUUCUGAAGGUGUUAGACAAUUAAACAAUCAAGAAGAUGCCAAAGAUAGAGGUUUUAUUGAAGAAACCGAGAUAUUGAAUGGUGAGAAUGGAGGUGGUAAGGCUGGAGAUUUGGUAAGAGUCGAACUGGUUGAAAAAGGAGAAAAACCACUAGCUGGGGAAUGUGUCACUGAGGAGAUGGCUGAAGGUGAAACAAGUAGCGUUGAGUUGCUGAACUUUGGAGAUACUGGUGAUUGGAAAAAAAUAAAAGGAUCUGAAAUGUCUAAUACAAUAUCGGUCCCUUGUGAAACAUCAGAAGAAGAUGAAAUUACGGAAGCUUCAAAUGUCCAUGGACUUGAUGAGGUCAAGUUGUUAUCUAACAUUUCAACUGCUUCUGAGAAUGAGUACACUCUUCAAAUGAAGGUGGUUGAGAAGGAAAAAGAGGAAGAUUUGGAAAUCAUUGAAAACAACACAGGGGAAUCUGAGAGUUUUGUUCUUGAGGUGGAUAAAAUAACUCAAGCUUCAAAUGUCAAUGGAUUUGAUGAGGACAGGUUGUUAUCUAACAUUUUAACUGUUGCUGAAAAUGAGUACUCUUCUCAAAUGGAGGUAGUUGAAAAGGAAAUGGUUGAAAGCAACAGAGGGGAAUCUGAGAGUUCCGUUCUUGAGGCGGAUAAAAUUACUGAAGCUUCAAAUGUCAAUGGAUUUGAUGAGGACAAGUUGUUGUAUAACAUUUUAACUGUUGCCGAAAAUGAGUACACUCCUCAAAUGGAGGUAGUUGAAAAGGAAGAAGUGGGAGAUUUGGAAAUGGUUGAAAGCAACACAGGGAAAUCUGAGGGUUUCGUUAUUGAGGCGGAUAAAAUCACCAUUUUGGAGGGGAUAAUAAACAGAGUAUCCAGUUUUGUUGAAGAUUUGGAGAAACUGAAGUCUAAGCUUGUUGAGCUGAUGCACACUGAAACGAAGUCUGUGCUUAAGGCUGUACUUGGACUUUCAGUAUCAUCUGCAGUGCUGACUUGUUUGGUCUUGUCUUUCCAACUUAAGAAGAAGAAAGAUGAUAUAAAAGUACCAGCCAUUUCUGUGAGUGUAGAACCAUUGCUGCAGGGUCCAGUUGCAGAAGCUGAGAAAGUUAUCGUGAGGAAAUCACCUUCAAUUAAGGUUACUCGUGAUGUUAAUAGAACAAAUAACGAGAUUAUCAGGAACGUUGAUUCUUUCAAAAAGCUUUCAUCUUCUAUCCAUUCAAGAGAUGAAGGGGGAAAUUUCAAAGUAAUGCACCAUAAUGAAGCUCCAACAGUUCAGUUUGGUGAGUUCGUAGUUGGAGAGAUCAGCAACUCUCUUAAGGGUAAAUUGAACAACUGGACGAUUGAGGUAGAAGAUAGCAAUUUUCCUGGUUCAGUUGAAGAGGAACCAGUGAGGAAUAUGACUUCUGGACCCGAGCAAGCUUUGUCAGAGUUCUCUGCCACGACUUCUUCCCCAUCCUACGGAAGCUUUACCACUAUGAAGAGGAUUGUCAAAAGAGAGGUGGGAGGAGAUGGUGAAGUAAAGUUGAUCCCAACCCCAGUGAGAAGAUCAAACAGAAUUAGAAACCGUAUGAUGUCGUAAUACACUUCAUUGCCAUGACAUGCGCUUCUGCCUUUUGAACAUUAUUUAUUAUUGGAACAGCACCCUCCGUUGUUCAUAUUGUUUGCUUUGUUCCACUCUAGAAUUCCUGAAGUUCAUUCUAGACAGACUUCAUAACUGAUAGUCUUUUAGAUCACUUCCUCUUUUAGAGAGUUUAGUGUCAUCGUUAAUAUCCAUUCCUCCUUUAGAAUCGAUUUCUGAAGUGAAUAGUUGUUUGUUUCAAACAUCUUCUAUCAAAGAAGAUCAAUCAUUCGUAUCA